AUGCUUCGGUUCAAUGAUUUAAUUUCUGUUCCUUCAAAGUUUACUCAAAUUAUGAGUAGAAUGAAAAGUGAUUUUGUAAACAAAUACAAACAUUCAAAAAUUGGUGAAUUUUCACAGGUUUCUCCAUCAUUAACAAAUCCAUAUACUACUGAUCCAUUAUUAGAUCGAGCAAUAUUAAGUUUAUUGCCAAAACAAUAUUAUCAUGAUGUAUCAGGUGACUUGAAACGUUUUGGUGAUAGAAUUGUUAAAGAAAUUGAUCAAUUAGGUAGACAAGCAGAGUUAGAACCUCCUAAAUUAGAACAUCAAGAUGCCUGGGGUAAUCGUGUAGAUAAAUUAAUUGUUUCUCCAGCAUGGUAUAAAUUAAAAGAAAUUGCAGCUGAAGAAGGUUUGAUUUCAAUAGGUUAUGAUUCGAAAGUUGAUCCAAAAUAUAGACGUAUCCAUCAAAUAUCUAAACUUUACCUUUUCGGGCCUUCAUCAGGACUUGUUUCAUGUCCAUUAGCUAUGACAGAUGGUGCUGCAAAAACUAUAAAAGAACUGAAACUUGAUGAAAAAUAUGACGAAUUAAAAAAUGCUUAUGAUCGAUUGGUAUCUAGAAAUGGUAAAGAAGCAUGGACAAGUGGACAAUGGAUGACUGAAAAAAGAGGUGGAAGUGAUGUUGGAAGUGGAUGUGAUACAUACGCUACAGAUAUAGGAAAUGGAAAGUAUUUAUUAAAUGGAUACAAAUGGUUUUCUUCUGCUGUUGAUGCUGACAUAUGUUUAACUUUAGCAAGAGUCAUAAAUAAGGAUGGUAAUAUAAUUUCAGGAUCUAAAGGUUUAUCACUUUUUUAUUUACCAAUUAAAAAUCCUAAAACAAUGAAAUUAAAUGGUAUUCAAAUGGUAACAUUAAAAGAUAAACUUGGAACUCGUCAACUUCCUACAGCAGAAUUACUUUUAGAUGGUGUGGAGGCAAUUAAAAUUUCAGAUGAAGGACGUGGAAUUCCAUCUGUUGCUAAUAUGCUUAAUAUAACGCGUAUUCAUAAUGCAAUUGCUUCAGUUUCAUAUAUGCGAAGGAUAAUAUCACUUGCACGUGAUUAUUCAACAAAAAGAAAUGUUUUUGGACGUAAACUAAGUGAGUGGCCAUUACACUUGGCAACAUUGUCUAAACUUGAAGUAGAAUGCAGGGCUGGAUUAUUAUUCAUCUUGGAAGCUGGACGUCUUCUAGGAAUUCAGGAAUCUGGAGAAGCAACUUCAACUGAAAUUUUAAAUCUUCGUUUAAUGACACCUGUUCUAAAGUUAUAUACAGGAAAGAAGACUAUUCCUCUAAUAAGUGAAGGACUUGAAUGUUUUGGUGGUCAAGGUUAUAUUGAAAAUACAGGAUUACCUUCAAUUUUAAGGGAUGCUCAAGUUACACCUAUUUGGGAAGGGACAACCAAUGUUUUGUCUUUAGAUGUGUUACGUGUUUUUAGUAGUAAAGAAAAUGUCUUUGGAGCUUUUGAAACACAUAUUAAUAAUAUUUUAAAAAAUCAAAAAAGUGAUAAACUACUUGAUAAAUGUACAGAAAAAGUUAGGAAUGCAUUAGAAUUUUUAAAACUUUUGUUUGUUAAAAUUUCUGAAGAUAGUAAAACUUCACCACUACAAGUUGAUCGUGGUGCAAGAGAAAUUGGUAUGAUAAUUGGUAAAAUAUAUUCAGGAGCAUUGUUAAUUCAAUUUGCCUCAUCUGAAUUAGGUACAGAAAGUGAUAAAAUCGUAGCUUUUAGAUAUUGUGUUGAAAAUCAGCUUAUUGAUUUUGAUUACAAAAUUUUUAAUUCUUUAAGAAACAGUAUUGACACAAAAAUUAUUUUCGAAAAUUAUCCAAGUGAAAAAAGUAAACUUUAA